AUGGCGGAGGUGGACUGUAUGAUCAAGUUGGGGGGCAGUGCCGUCACCCACAAGAGGCAGCUGGAGACCCCCAGGCCCGGGGAACCAGUUGCAUUCUGGUGCAUGGAGCUGGGGAGACCUCUUAAGAAGUCUUCUAUCCCGGGUGUCACCAUCAAACAGCUGGUGGAUGAGAUUCCAGAGGGAUGCAGUACUCCAGAUUUUGAGCAGAAGCCCAUCACCCUGGCUCUGCAGGAAGGGCGGAAUGCCAUCUUCCGGGCUGUGGUCUGCGGGGACCCUGAACCUGAGGUCAGGUGGUAUCGCACCAAGGGGGAUCUAAGCAAUCCCAGCAAGUACCAGUUCUCCUCCAGCCCUGGCAGCAAGGAGCAUAUCCUGCAGAUCAACAAGCUGACCGGAGAGGACACGGACAUGUAUCGCUGCUUAGCAGUCAACGAGUACGGGGAAGCCGUGUGCACUGCCGGACUCAAGGUCAUUGAAGUUGGCUUCCGGAAGAAUCGAAAGAAGCUUGAUAAGCUGCCCCAGGAGGACCACAGAAAAGAGCUGCUGGACUUCCGGAAGCUGUUGAAGAAGCGAGCCCCAGUCCCCAAGGAGAAGAUGGACUCAGAAAAGGUCUGGCAGCUGCUGAUGACUGCUGACCGCAAAGACUAUGAGAAGAUCUGCAUGAAGUAUGGGAUUGUGGACUUCCGGGGGAUGCUGAGGAAACUGCAGCAGCUGAAGAAAGAGCAGGAGGACAAGAUGGCCCAGUACGUCAAAACCAUCUCCCACCUGAGACACAUCAAGGUCAACAAGCAAGGGACUGCCACGUUUUCCCUGGAGUUGGAACUCAAGGACCCGGAAAGCAAAAUUUACCUGUACAAGGAUGGUGAGAUGAUCCCCUAUGGCUUUGGCCCCGAGACCCGGCACUGCCUCCGAAGGCUGGGAAAACGCUACCAUUUCCACAUCGAGGACUUGCGUCCUGAGGAUGCCGGCAUUUACCAGGUCAGGGUGGAAGACGUGGAGGUUUUCUCCACAGAGCUGGAUGCCGAUGCUCUCCCUGCCAGCUUCAUGGCACCCCUGGCCCAGUGCCACUGCCAGGAGAAGGGCACUGCUGUGUUCCAGUGUACCCUCUCCCGCCCCUGCCUCCAGGCCACCUGGCAGUUCCAGCAUCACCCGCUCCAGGCUGGCCCCAAGUACGAUGCAUCCGUGUCCCCAGAUGGAUGCACUCACCAGCUCGUGGUGCGGGAUGCCCAGCUCCAGGACCAGGGCCUCUACGCGUUCAGCACCGAGUUUCGCUCCUCCAGCGCCUGGCUCCGGGUGGAAGGGGUUAAGGCAAGAAUUGGAGGAAUCAGGCCUAGGUCUGAGACUAGGUUUGGAGUUGGAUUAGGAGGUUCUGGAGGAAUUGGGUCUGGGAGUGAGGCAAGGUUUAAGGCUGGAUCAGGGAACUCUGGGGAUAUUGGACCUAUGGGUGAGGCAGGCAAUAAGGUAGGGUUUUGGGAUGGUUCUGGGAGAAUCGGGCCUGGGGGUGAAGCAGGGUUUGGGGAUGAGGCAAGGAGUUCUGUGAGAAUUGAGCCUGGGGGACCAGCCUGCCGCUUCCUCCAUGGAUUGAUCGAUGUGGACGCACUGAAGGGGGAGGCUGCCAUGCUCUCUUGCACGUUGACCAGUGACCAGGUGGCUGGAGUUUGGUUUAAGGAUGGGCUCAAGCUUACCACCCGGGAUGGAGUCACCUUUGAGCAGGAGGGACCCACUCACCGGCUACUCAUUGGUGAAGUGCAGGCUUCCCAUGCUGGGAAUUACAGAUUUGAAGCUGGUACCCAUGGGAGUGAGGCGGUACUGACAGUCAGAGAACCACCAACGCUGGCCCAGGAUGUGCUGGAGAAGCUGAAGGAGCCGGUGGUAGUCAAAGCUGGGAAGAGUGUACUGGUGAAAGUUCCCUUUGGCGGCCGCCCCCCAGUCCACCCAACCUGGAGCAAGGAUGGGGUGGAGCUCGUGGGCCAGGGAGAGGUCCAGGUGGACAAUGGAGACGGCUUCACCCGCCUGUGCCUCCCCAUCGCCCACAGGAAGGACAGUGGGUGCUACAGCGUGAAGCUGAGGAAUGGGAGUGGCUCUGCUGAAGCUCAUUUCCAACUAGUGGUCAUAGACAAGCCCCAGCCCCCCCGGGGGCCACUGCAGGUGCUGGACUGUUCCUCGGAGGAGGGUGUGACCCUGGGAUGGAGGGAUCCCGGGGAUGAUGGCGGCCGCAAACUGCAGCACUACAUGGUGGAGAGGCAGCAGGUGGGCCGGCAGACCUGGCUGCGGGUGGGUGAGACCCCUAGGUCCGUCACUACCUUCUCCAGUGGACCCAUGGAGCGGGGCAGGAAGUACCGCUUCCGGGUGCGAGCAGUGACCUCGGUGGGGGCCAGCGAGGCGCUCGAGUCUGAGGAGCAGGUGACAGUGGCACCAAGAGCCCUCCCCAGUGCCCCACCAGCACCCACCAUCAUCCGUGCCACCAGCCAGGGCAUUACUUUCUCAUGGUCAGCACCGCAUGGCCCCGGGAGUGCUGGACUCUUGGGUUACCUAAUAGAGAAGCGGAAGAAAGGCAGCAACACCUGGACAGCUGCCAGACCCCACCCUAUCCCAGAAAGGACGUGGACAGCGACAGAUGUGCUGCCAGGAUGCCAGUAUGAAUUCCGUGUAACAGCAGUGAACGCCGCUGGUCCAGGGGAGCCCGGGACUCCUUCAGAGCCUGUCUUCGCUUGCGACCCCAUGAGACCCCCUGGCCCAGUGCAGGAACUCAAAGUGACCGACACGUCCUACACUAGCAUCACUCUGUCCUGGGCCAGGCCGGAUGUCCAAGAUGGAAACCAGUGCCAGGGGUACUUGGUGGAAAUCCGAGCGGCAGACAGUCUCCAAUGGAGUCCAUGCCACGCUGGUCUUGUGACUUCCACCACAUUCACCGCCAAAGGCCUGCUGCCCAAGGAGACCUACUUCGUGAGGGUGAUGGCUAUCAAUGAUGGGGGGCAGAGUCAGCCUGCCACCCUGGAUUCCUGGGUCCAGGCCAUUCCUGCAAUCAUCUCUCCCAGGUUCCACAUGGACACCAUCCCAAAAGACUUCAUGACCGUCAGCUGUGGGAGCACAGUCCGGGUGCCCAUCUCUUUCGAGGCAGCACCCACCCCAGAAGUGAUCUGGCAGAAGGAUGGACUACCACUGCCUCGGAGAGCCGUGACUACCACCAGGGAGGGCCUGAGCCUGCUCCUGAUCCCGGUGGCAGGGGCCUCAGAUGGAGGCCUAUACACCGUCACACUGAGGAACCUGCAGGGGAAGGAGGCCUCGUGGAGUAUCCUGGUCCGGGUGGCAGACCCACCGGCAGCCCCUGGCCCUAUCCGUCUGGAACAGAAUGUCCCUGGCACAGUGACAGUGGUGUGGGAGCCAUCCCCAGAUGAACAUCAGGAGGGGCAACUCCACUACAUGGUCCUGAGGCGCUCGUCAGCCUGGGCUUGCUGGCAGACAGUGAAAGACUGGGUCCAGGCCAACAGGCUCACCCUGACUGACGUGGUCCCUGGACGGGAUUACUACUUCCGGGUAGUAGCCAAGAACAUGGUGGGGGCCAGCAGGCCCUCUGACACCAGCCAGCCCUGGACAGUCCCUCGGCAGCGAGACAAGUUCACAGUGAAACUGCCGGUCUACAGAGAGCUGAAUCACAGCCAGAAGCCUCGUUUCCUGGUACCCCUGAAGGCUCAUCUGCUGCCCCGGGGCUGUGAGUGCCGCAUGAGCUGUGCCGUGCGGGGGGAGCCCCGGCCCCGGGUCAGCUGGUUCAAGGAUGACAAGAGCCUUGUCAGCCACCCCGUGGCCUACUGCACUGACGUGCUGGGCGUCUGCUCCUUGGUCAUCCCCAGCAUCACCCCCGGAGAUGGCGGUGAAUACAGAGCCGUGGCGGAGAACCGGCUGGGCCGGGCAGUCAGCAGGGCAGUCCUCAUUGUGACAGACUCAAGCUUCUAG